AUUCGACGUUACAUUUGGCAGACAGUCUCGAACAUUAACGCGAGAAUUCUAUUCGGUCUUCCUCUCUCCGAUUUCCUCCAAGAUGCCUACCAAGAAGACCAAGACCAGGAAGCUCCGUGGGCACGUCAGCCACGGACACGGUCGUAUUGGUAAACACAGAAAGCAUCCUGGAGGUCGUGGUAAUGCUGGUGGCAUGCAUCAUCACAGAAUCAACAUGGACAAAUACCAUCCUGGGUACUUUGGAAAGGUUGGAAUGAGGUAUUUCCAUCAGAAGAAGAACACCACCCACUGCCCGACCGUAAACCUGGACAAGCUGUGGACGCUGGUGAGCGAACAGACCCGCCUCAACUACGGCAAGAAGCCUGAGGGCCCUGCUCCCAUCAUCGACUGUGUGCGCGCUGGCUACUUCAAAGUGCUGGGCAAAGGCAAACUGCCCAAGCAGCCAGUCAUCGUCAAGGCGAAGUUCUUCAGCCGCCGGGCUGAGGAGAAGAUCAAAGAAGCUGGAGGCGCUUGUGUACUGACUGCAUAAGCACGCACCGUCUUUUUUCAGGAAUAAAAACUUUGAAAAAGAAA